AUGCCUUCAAGUAAUCCAAGAAUUUUCGUAGGAAAUCUGCCUACUGACGUAAAAGAGCGUGACGUCACUGACAUCUUUAACAAAUACGGUAAAAUAAGAUUCUGCGACAUUAAAGGCGGACGUGGUCCUUUGUAUGCUUUCGUAGAGUUCGAAGACUUCAGAGAUGCUGAAGACGCCGUUAAAGGCCGCGAUGGCUAUGAUUUUGAUGGCAAUCGAUUGAGAGUUGAGUUCACUCGCGCUAACGGCCCUAGAGGAGAGCGUGGAGGUCGUUUUGGCGGUGGUGGUGACCGCAGAGGAGGAGGACGUCGUGGUUCUCGCAGAACUAAUUACAGAGUUGUAAUUAGUGGCCUUCCAGCCAGUGGUUCUUGGCAAGACUUGAAGGAUCAUAUGAGAGAUGCAGGAGAUGUUUGCUAUGCUGAUGUUUACAAGGAUGGAACUGGUGUUGUUGAAUACGUGAGAUAUGAUGAUAUGAAAUAUGCCUUGAAAAAAUUGGACGACACUAAGUUCAGAUCUCAUGAGGGAGAGACAGCUUACAUAACUGUAAAGGAGGAUAGUGGAAGCAGUGGCGGACGUCGUUCAUCUCGCAGUCGUUCUCGUUCUCGUUCAGCUGAACGAAGAAAUUCCCCUAAGUACAGUCCUAGGCGAUCAAAGAGUCGCUCUGUAAGUCGUUCUCGUUCUCCUUCACGCUCACGUUCUCCUACUCCAUCCCGUUCUCGUUCCCGUUCUCGCUCUUAA